AUGAAGAUAAGGGUUCAAUCUAAUACUAUUAGUGAAAUAGAACAAAAAUAUUAUAUUGAAAAAUUAUAUGUUAAUAUAAAUAAUGAUAAUAAGAACAAUAAUGAUUUAAAUAAACACGAAAAAAAUGAAGUAAAAGAACAAGAUAACAAUAUUCAAAAGAAUUUAUACACCCCUUCACAUCUAGAUAUAUUCGAUAAUAACUCACCAAUUAUGUCUUCAAAUUUUUGUGGAUUUGGAAAUUUAAUACUUAAUAUGGGUUUAUUUUUCUCUUUGAUUAUGCCACUUUUAAAUUUUAUGGAAAAGGGAUACUUUUUAGAUACUUCAAUGCACUCUUAUUUAUUUACAAAUUUGGAGUAUGCUAAAAGAUACCCAGAUGAUUAUUUUAUUAAAUAUAAGAUUAUAAGUUUAAAAAAUUAUAUAAAUUUUAUGAUAUGCCCUUCUCUAAUAUAUAAAUUUAAUUUCAAAAGAAUUAAAAAAUUUAGACCUAAAUAUUUUGUUCAAAAGAUUACAAGUUUGCUAUUAACUGUGAUUAUAGAAUAUACAACAUUUACUGUUUUUAUUGCACCUACUAUCUAUCAUAUAAAUAAUAUAUCAUUUUUUGAAGCAAUAAUUAGAUUAAUAUUCCCAUGUUUGAUUAUUUUUCUUGUAACCUUUUAUAUGAUAUUUGAAUGUAUUUGUAAUUUAUUUGCUGAAAUAACAAAAUUUGGAGAAAGAGAAUUUUAUCAAGAUUGGUGGAAUAGUACAAUAUGGUAUGAGUUUUCAAGAAAAUGGAAUAAUGUUGUUCAAGUUUGGUUGUUUAAACACGUUUAUUUAGUUGCCAAAAAUAAUUAUAAAAUAGCUUGUUUUCAUACUUGUAAAUUUUAUUUAUUUUUUUUGAUGUUUUUACAAUUUCCCCUUUCAUGGUUAGGAGAACACUUUUAUAAAAAUAAACCAAUAGGAAAUAUAAUUUUUUGGUCUAAUAUUUUAUUAGGAUUACCUUUAAUAUUUAUUUCAUAUGCUAAUGAAAUAAAAUAA